AUGAAGAAGCGAGGAUGGUUGGAGGACGACACGACCAUCACAACUGUGCUCAUGGCGGACAUCUGUCGGCAGGCAGCGGAAAAAGCGGGAGUGAGUCAAGAAGCGAAACACAUGCUGAAAGCCUUCUCUUUUGUGCUCGAGACUGCAGCGGUGGACCCUCUCCUCGAAAGCUUCAACAAGACAGCUACUGCAAAACUCGAUAGCCUAGUCGACGCGACAAAGCUGAAGCUCAGCCAAACCAUCGAGUCAACCACCAAGCACCUGGACGCCGUCAGCUUGAAAUACAGCGAACUCACCAUCUCAGCUUCCGAAGCGGUCGCGGCUCUCAAGGCGGCACCAGUUCAUCGACUGUACAGCCAAGCACUAGCAAGCAAUGCAUGCACCAAGCUCAGCCAAUCCCUCAUCCUCGACGACGCCAAAGCAAUCAACAUAGUCAAUGCUAGGGAACGACUAGUCCUAUUCAACACUCCAAGCGCCGUCGCAAAGGAACGAGGAAUGUACACUAGGGACAACAUCAACGCUUACAAGGACACACUCAACGUAGCGCUAGAGAAACUCACGGAUGGAGCAAGCAAGAAGCGGAUAGUAGGCUUGCGCAUUAUACGCACCGGGACGCUCCUGGAGCUGGACUCUGCAAAAUCCGCUAAGUGGCUAAAGGAGAAUAACAGGUGCGCAGAGAUGGUAAAGGAGGCUUACACCUCGAGAGAAGAAGAAACGAAAGUCAUCCCUCGCGUGCACGAGCUGAUGGUACGCUUCGUCCCUGUGGACUUCGACCCCCACGAAGAGGAAAGCCUGCGCUUGGUGGAAUUGGAGAACGGCCUACCGCCACACUCAAUCAUCUCCGCAUCCUGGAUCAAGGACCUGUCAAGGAGGUACGAAGGACAAGGAUACGCCAAUGUCAAAAUCAACUGCGCCUCACCCGAAGUAGCCAACCGCAUGAUCCUCGGCCCCACAAGAAUUGGUAACCACUCUGUCAAGGUGCAAAAAGAACAUCGGUUAGUACCCAUCUGCACCAAAUGUUCUCACCACGACCACUUCCUGGCGGCAUGCAAGGUGGAGAGGUUCACCUGCCGAUUCUGCGCACAAGAGCACAGCUCUCGGGACUGUCCGGACAAAACGCAGACCAAAUGCACCCCAUGCGGGUCCAGCCGACACUCCUCUGGGGACGAAAGGUGCAUAGAAGGCAAGUCCAGACAGGACAGGCAAGCGGAACAUGCGCCAGAAACGAGAUCCAAAUUCUUCUUCACCAAGGACCGAUGGACGUAUAACAAGUCAAUCAAUGCCCCAUGGAACUUGGGAUACCUGCGCCCAGAGAUCGAGACUGAGACCUCGCAAGAACAAGCAGGCAAGCAGCUCACAACGGCGGCUGCCAACGCCUCACAGGGAGUCACCAACAAGUCCAGAAAGACCAACCAGACGAAAAACCGACAGAUAACACUUGCCCAAUACGGCAUCCCAACACAAGCCGCACGAAGCGUCCAGCACCCCGGGCCAACUCCCAAGACCCAAACCACCCCCGAUUCAUCGCAAGAAAUGACCUCUCCACCAUCCUCACUGCCCCCCGCUCAAACCCAGCCAUCCAUUGCGACCACCUCACCGGACGACUGGGACGUUAUUGCAAUCCAAGAACCAGCACUCAACUCCCUCGGCAACACUCGGGCUAACAGGAAAUGGCAGUCAUUUUACCCAUCCACCAAGGCUCAUGAAGGCCAUGGCAGAAUACGUGCUGUAAUGCUAGUCAGCACACGCGUCGGUGCAUGCAUGCAGAUAGACGUCGAUUCAAGCAACAUUGUAGGAAUAAGAGUGGGUACCGCAUCGGGCCUCUGCACCAUCUACAACAUCUACAACGAAGGCACCAGCAACGAUACAUUGGACCAGCUCACCCAACACCUCGAAACAUGCAAUACGUCAACAUGGGCCAACCGGCUCAAAGUAUGGCUUGGGGACUUCAACAGGCACCACCACACCUGGGAGGGGGACAACAACUGUCACCUAUGCAGUUCGACUGACGCCAUCACUCCGCUACUCAACCUGAUCAUCGAACACGGCAUGCAGCAACUCCUACCAGCCGGAAUACCCACACGAGAGGAGAACAGGAGUCAAACUAGGCCAGACAACGUGUGGGCAUCAGACGAUAUCGUCCACCGACUCGUAGAGUGCAAUACAUGGCCAGACCUUUGUCCAACAACAACGGACCACAUCCCAAUUGCCUCCAUCAUCGACCUCUCAGUUGCGAAAGUGGCCAUCACGCCAAGGCCAAACUACAGAAGGACAAACUGGGAGAAAUUCCGGGAAGGCAUGGAAGACGCAGUCAAGAACGACCCAAGACUGGCAAUCGAACCAACGCGCCCCGAGGAGCUGGAGCAGCUUGUCGAGCUACUCACAGGUUACAUGCAGACAAAGCUCAAGGACACGACCCCGCUCAGCAAGGACCCAACAUUCCGCAAGCCGUGGUGGAACAAGCAAUGUCAGGAUCUUCACAAAUGCAAAUGCCAAGCAUACACAGAGUUGCGGUACUGGCGAGCAUCCCCAGCCCACCCAAGUCAUCAGUUUUACAAGGCACUGUGCCAAGAGAUGAAGGAGAUGGUACGAAGGAGCAAGGAGGCAUUCUGGUGGAAGUGGAUCGACGAGGCAUCCGACACCGACCUAUGGAACAUCAACCGCUUCAUCAAGCGAGGCGCCAAUGAUGGAAGUAGCGAGAGAAUCCCCCCACUCAAAAAGCCGAACAGCACACUAACGCAAAGUAACGAGGAGAAAGCAGAGCUACUAUGCGACGCAUUCUUUCCACCUCCACCUGCACUCGCACUCCCCAGACCAAGGCCGGCACCUCAAACUGCACUUCCUCAGUGGACACCAUACUCGAUAAAGAGGGUGAGCAAGGCAGUUGGACGUCUCAAGCGCGACAAGGCACCAGGCCCGGACGGUAUCCCAAAUGCAGCAAUUCAGGAAGCACUCCCAGCUAUCAGUCCCAUCCUCAAGAAUGUAUUCAAUGCGGCCAUUCGACUCUGGCACAUUCCAAAGCAGUGGAAGGAAUCAACUACAGUGGUCCUACGAAAGCCAGGGAAGCCAGCGUACAAUAUAGCCAAAGCAUACCGACCGAUCGUGCUCCUCAACACCCUCGGAAAGCUUCUCUCGGCACUCAUGGCGGAGGACCUCACCUACAUGUCCGAGCACUAUGCACUGCUCCCACACUCUCAGUUCAGUGGUCGACCAGGAAGGACAACAACGGAUGCCCUUCACCUUCUCACAAGCACAAUCAAGAAGGCAUGGAGGGAGUCAAAGGUGGCCAGCGCACUGUUUCUCGACAUCCAAGCAGCAUUCCCCAAUGUUGUCAAGCCAGUCCUCAUGCAGAACAUGAGAGCAAAAGGGAUCCCAGAGGAGUAUGUGCAGACUCUCGAGAACAUGCUGACAGGCAGAUCCACGCGCCUCAAAUUUGACGAGGUGCACUCCGCACCCCACGCUAUCACCAAUGGGAACAGCCAAGGAUGCCCACUCUCGAUGAUCCUCUACCUAUUCUACAUUGCCCCACUACUGGAGAUCGCAAACGGCAAGGACCAGCUCACCCUCGGGUUUGUGGACGACUCUACCCUGAUCGCCAUUGGCCAGAACUUCCACGACAUGCACCUCGGACUGAAAGACAUGAUGGAACGUGAAGGAGGCGUACUAGACUGGUCACAUUCGCACCACUCACCACUCGAGAACAACAAACUCGGGCUUGUCGACUUCACCAUGUCAUCCGAAAAGCGCAAAGGCUCACAUCCCCUGGUCCUCGAGGCAAAGGACAGCAAUGGCAGAACGUCAACAGUAACGAUUCAACCCACCGACAGUUGCAAGUUACUUGGAGUGGUGAUCGACCAGUCACUGCAGUGGAACAAGCACCAGGAGCUCGUGCACACAAGGGCAGUAAAGUGGACCUCACUAUUCUCGCGUAUACACAGGGCAUUCCAUGGCCUCCCAAUCUGCUCAGGCCGCCAACUCUUCAACUCCAUUGCCAUUCCUCGCAUCACAUACGCUGCAGACAUCUGGUACACCCCACUGUACACCAAGCCAGACUCCGCACGCCGGAUGGGAUCCGUAGCCAUCACCAAGAAGCUGCAAGCCGUCCAACGUAGAGCCGCCAUCGGUAUCACAGGCGCUAUCCGCACAACAGCAGGAGAUACCCUUGAUGCGCACCUCAAUAUGCUACCAAUCGAAGAAACUCUACGCCUCACAUGCCAGAAGGCAGCGGCCCGGCUGGCAAGCCUGCCCGCUACCCAUCCUCUCUCCAAAUUCGUGAAACGAGCAUCAAGAGGACUCCUCCAGAGGCACAACGCCCCCUACAUCGCAUCUUCCACUCCAUCGACUCCAAAGUAG